AAUUGUUUCAGGGUUCAGUGUAAAGCUGGAGAAGUGUAUAUAUACACAAAACAUUGGCUACUUAGAGAGCGUUGAUCUAUGGUGCUCAAAGUACAUGAACGUACUUACCCUGGACCUGCACAUUCCGCUAGUUUAUGAAAACACGGUCGCCUUAUCAAUUUAUAACCAUGAACUUCAGAAUAGUACUUAUUUUGUGCCUCUCCGCUCUGUCUUGCAUCGCAGACGAUGAAGGAAUGGUGCAAAUUCCAGGAGGAAAGAUGACGAUGGGGACGAACUCAGCCGACGGCAGGGAUGGAGAAUCACCCACAAAAGAAGUGACAGUCGAUCCAUUCAGAAUCGAUAAAUAUCCCGUCACUAAUUCUGACUUCAGGGAGUUUGUCAGGGCACAGAAAUACAAGACUGAAGCGGAGACCUUCGGCUGGAGUUUUGUGUUCCAGGACUUUGUGUCUGAAGAGCUGAAGAGCAAAGUGACAGAGAAAAUAGAGUCAGCACCUUGGUGGAUGCCAGUCGAGCGGGUGUUUUGGAGGCAGCCUGCAGGUCCUGGUUCUGGGAUCCGGGAGCGUCUGGACUCCCCAGUGGUCCAGGUGAGCUGGAACGAUGCCCAGGCCUUCUGCAGCUGGAGGGGGAGGAGGCUGCCCAGCGAGGAGGAGUGGGAGUGGGCCGCGCGUGGGGGCCUGCAGGGUAGAACGUAUCCCUGGGGAAACAAAUUCCAGUCCAAACGCUCCAACCUGUGGCAGGGCCUGUUCCCUGAUGGAGACACAGCAGAGGACGGUUACCAUGGUAUCGCCCCUGUCACUGCUUUCCCUCCUCAGAACAGUUUUGGACUGUAUGACAUGAUGGGAAAUGCAUGGGAGUGGACAUCUACACCCUUCCCUGGAGGACGACCAAUGUUCGUGUUGCGUGGUGGUUCCUGGAUCGACACGGAAGAUGGAUCAGCCAAUCACAAGGCUCGAAUCACGACCAGGCGAGUGACCGUUUAGGAUGCGAAGCUUGCCCAGUAGGCAUACGACGUGAUAAAGACGUAUUUUACUGGUUGAAAUCUCGUCGGGACGUCUUAUGCCCCCAUUGCAUGUAAUAUACUAGCAACAUUACAAUUAUUAAAACAUUUGAGUAAUUAUCUUUUCCAGCAGGGUUUGCAUGAUUCAGCUUGGCAAACAACAGCUGGCAGAGCGCACCAAAGCGGGUUAGGGUCUUGUGGCAUACUGUAUCCAGUCAACACGCUGGGCUCGGGCCUAAUCCGAGACUCGGCAUGGACUCGGACUCAAGGGGAUUCAUGCAGGCCGAGCUCUUCCCGACUCCGUCAGAAUCAUAUUACCCCCGAGCUCCAGCUAAUGGUACCCGGGCCGAGUCCACUUCAGUUUAUCCGGCCCAAUUAACUUUUUCAGAAGUACGGCGAUUUGAGGUUUCUAUUCGACAGGUGUUGAAACAACAGUUUAAAAAAAUUAAGAAAUGUGAUAUAUUUCACCCCAAGUCAUGGAAAGGGAAAGGGGGAUACCUAGUCAGUUGUCCAACUGAAUGUAUUCAAUUGAAAUGUGUCUUCCGCAUUUAACCCAACCCCUCUGAAUCAGAGAGGUGCGGGGAGCUGCCUUAAUCAACCUCCACAUCAUCGGCGCCCAGGGAGAAGUUGUUGGGGGGUUAACUGCCUUGCUCAGGGGCAGAUUUUUACCUUGUCGGCUUGGGUUUCGAUCCAGUAACCUUUCGGUUUUCAAUGCAUAGAAUGAGGGUUUGAGGAUCAGUUGCUGUUACUUUACUUGGAAAGUGUGGGUGUUGAAAUGGGACUGUGUUUUUUGUUCCUGUCUUUUCUACAGGAUGGGGAAUACUCCGGACUCGGCUUCUGAUAACCUGGGCUUCAGGUGUGCUGCCAGGAAGGACAAAACGGAGCUGUAGGGACCAAUAACCGAAGACGAUAAAAGUUAUGCCACAAGGGAGAGCAAGAUAGAAACCAGUUAUUGGUACUAUGCAGUGACCAUAGCAUUUAGUAAAAUUAAGACUGAGACAGUGGUGAUGAUGUUGAUAAUGUGCAGGAACAAUUUUCUCCUGUGGAGACCUGGGCUCAAAUCAAUCUGCUUAACCUAUGUGUCUUUUUCUACAAACUACUGUAAUACAAUGAGUAAUAAACAAGAUUUUACAUCAA